AUGUUCAAAAAUUUAAUGUAUGUUGAAUAUGGAUAAGAAUUAUAAUGUCAUGAAAAACUUUAUUAAAAUGCAUUAAAAAAGUAAUAGAAAUAAAAAGAAAUUGAUUACUAAAAAUAAUUGUAAAUGCUAAUUAAUUAAGUAAAUGAAAUAGAAGAUGAACCACCUUAAUAAAUAACAAAAGAUUUUUAUGAUUAUUCUAUGAAAUGGAAAAAUCUAGUAAAUCAAAAACGAUUUUAAGAAUAAUAUCAAAAUGAAAUGAGUAUGUAAUAAAAAUCAUAAUAACAUUAAAUAUAAAAAUUACCUUAAAAUUAUUUAUCACCAAUUGAUGGAUGGAAAUAUCAUGCUCAAUAAUAUUUUGAUAAAAAAGAAAGUAGACAAUAAAAUGAGUCUAGUUUCUAACCAAGUAUAAAUGAAAAGUCUAAAAUGAUGGAAUUUGAUGAACCUGUUGAAGAUAGAUUAAUUAAAUAUGGAUAAUAAAGAGAAUAGAAAUAUUUAUUUGAAAAAUAAUUUGAAAAGUUUUAUGAAUAAGUUUAAAAUGAUUAAAGACCUACUAAACCAAAUGAAGAAGUCUUUUUGAGAUUAUAAAAUAAUGGUACAUAUAAUGUCAUUAGCAAGAACGUAAAUAACCAUAACCUGAAGUAUAUUAAUUGAAUAUCAACAAAUUACCACCUGAAUUUGAAGAAAGAGUUAAAAAACGAAGAGAACAAUAUUUUCUCUUUGAAAAUAAGUAAACUAAAGCUUAAACUGAAAUAAAUGAUCAUGAAAUCAAAGUAUUAUCAUAAAAUUAGUUUGAUGAAUUUCUUAAACGAAAUUUCUG